UUUAUUAAUGGCCAAAGUAUACCCUAAAAGAUCGAUGAUCCAGGGUUGCUCCGGUGAGUACACGUCAUCAGAGACAGAAGUCUUCACCGUUUGGAUGAAAUCCCUCGUGAUCAACGGCAACGGCUGCACCGUCUUCAACUCCGAAGGUGGUGUUGUGUUUCGUGUCGAUAACUACCAAACAAAGUCUACCACUGAAACCCUACUCAUGAACUUGCAUGGUCAAGUGCUCUUCUCCAUUAGGAGAAAGACACUAGUGUUUUUGAGAAGGUGGGAAGGACAUAAAUGGCAUAACUCAAAGGUUGAUAGAGAGGGAACAUGGUUCAAAGUGAAGAAGAAGUGGAAAUUUUUUGCAAGUGGAUUAGUUUCUUGCCAUGCUGUCUUGAGAUGUAAUAACAUUACAUCAAUCUUGAAGAUUUUGGGAUUUCAAAGGAAACUGACGUUUAAAAUUAUGGAUUGGGAGGGCCGAGUGUUGGCAGAGGUGAUAGGAAAGGAGACAGCAGGUGGAGUUGCUUUGGGAGAUGAUGUGCUAACUUUAGUAGUGGAACCGCAGAUAGAUCAAGCCUUAGUUAUGGCUCUAGUGAUUGCCUAUGCUAUGGUCAAUGAUAAAUUAUAAAUAAGUAUAUAUAUAUAUAUAUAUAUAUAUAUAUAGCUCAUAGUUAUAAUUAUAUAUUUAUUAGUUUAUAUUAGCUCAUAAUUUUUAGAAAUACGUCUACGGGAGGAGGAGUGAUUAAUAAUUUUUAUUUUUCCUCUCUUUUUUUGAGGAAUUGAUGAGCUUUUUUUGGAGAAAUUAGGGUAACACGAUUUUUUUGGAGUGCAUUUAUUUGGAUUCAAUGAACUCCGUUCUUUUAAAAGUGUAAAAUUUAAUAAUUUAUGUAUACAAAAUU